AUGCAACUUUUGGAAGAACUAAGUAAUUUGCAGCUGCAGUUCCUGGACUAUGAUUGGGUUCAAUCUAUAUAUGAUUCUGAGUUCUUUGAAUUUGGCGAUUUGCCUUCUGAAUUUCAAAAUGCUAUUGACUCUUCAGAAGUAAACUUAACUUUACAAAAUGUAAUCCAUGCAAUAGAUGAUUGGUUAUCUUGUAAAGAUAAUUCUGAUGAUGAUUCUUCAUGGGUGACACUCUCUAAUCAAGUCAAUCAUAAGAAUUUAUUAGCCCUAUUAGGCUAUUAUAUUGACUGUGGAAAUAAAAAUAUAUUUCCUACUGAGGCUAGAAAUAAUGCAUUGUGGGCAUCUCGGCUCUAUUUUAAGCUCUUAUCUAUACCUGGAUAUAAAGCAUACCAUAUUUAUCACUCUCAACUGUUUGCCCACACUCUAACCUGUUUAAGUUACCCAAAAACUGUAUGUGAAAAUGAAGAUAACUUUUUUAAUCCUAAACAAUUGAUAAGAGUAGUGAACUCUAUUAUUAAAGAACUAAAUGAGUUUGUCCAUGAGUUGAAAACUGUCAUUGUGAAACUACAACUAAGUCCAGGAGACAUAAACUUUGAGGAUAUUCUAUCUAAUCUGAUUGAUAUCACUGGUGGAUCUAUUGUCACAAAAUUGAAUAUAGAUAAGAUAGAGCUAGCAAAUUUAUCCAAGGUUGUAUAUGAAGUUAUUGACUUCAUAAUCUGCACUGCAGAUGGCGAACCAGAUGCUUUAGCAAUUAAGUUAUUGUUCAAGGCUAUGCUUCCAAAAUUUAUUGCAGCAUCAUUAGACCAUAAACAAGCUAAUAAUAUUGUAAGAGCGUCAUAUGUGGCAUACUCUGGACUCAUCUUAAGUAAAUAUGGUAAAACUGCACUUUCCAGUUAUGUAGUGCUCUUGCAACAUUUAACUUAUUCCUUGGACGGAUUGGAAAAGGCUGAAGUUCGCCAGACACGGAUUCCACUGGUAGUUGGUCUAAUGAGCCUCUUGCCACAGAGAUCAUAUUGCACCACAGUCAAAUGGCUUCUCAAGUUGACCACUACUGCAAAAGUACCUCAUCGACAGGUGGCAAUGGAAAUAUUAGCUCAGCUCUUAUCGAAUGACGCAGAGAAACGGAAUUCAGAUUCUGGAAUCGAAAGUCGAAAGACAUCUAUUGAAGAUAAUUUAGAAGUACAUGAUAAUAAUAAGGAAGCAGUCGUAGAUACUGAAAAGGACCAAGGGAAUACAAUGGAAGAGGACAGUCAAUCACAGUCAUCAAUAUCAGAGUUUGAUAUAGACCCAUCAGAAGAUAUAUCUAGUCUAAUAAACCAGCGCCGGCAUUGCGUCCCUCAUGGAGAAAUAGUACGUGCGAUAUACGAACGUAUAAGUGACGUAUCGGGCACGUUGCGUGCACGGGCAAUCGCCAUACUCACAGAUUUACUUGGAUCUGACCAUGAUCCCAUUAUUGAAGCUAUGAGGGAUCUAAGCGGCGACGGGACACAGUGUCAACUUGCGAAAGCGGCCACCCGUUGUUCGUCUGACGAGCGCGCCGCCGUACGCAAAGCGGCCGUUUCCCUCAUACAUCGGCUGCUCGUGAGAAACCCUCAUCCUACACAUUACUCCACUUUAGUAUCUCUUUGCCGCGACGCAAGUAUCCUGGUACGCGGCGCAGCCGUCAAUGCGUUGGCAGAUGUAGCGCUGAACAAUCCAACUAAACUCUCACUCAACGCCUUCCUAACUGGGCCCAUGCACCAACUGUCUGACCCGGAAGCUAAGAUACAAGAACAAGUAAUAAAUCUUGCCCAAGCCAUCAUAGUGGCGCCCUUGCAAAAGUUCGAUCCGGCAAAUACUGACGAAUGCCUCCCUUGGAGUUUCUUGGCGGGCAUCGUAAGACUUAAUAUGAGGAAACAUCUUCAGAAAGCCUGCAUGCUUCUUGUGAAAUCUUCAAACAGUAUUAAUCAUCGGUUAGUUGACCUAGUGAGCACUCAUCUUGGCGUGCUGUCAGACGCGCGUGACCUACAAAGCCUCGUGUUAUUAACAAGCGUAGCGAGACACGUCGAAUACAACGAUGUAGCUUUUCUACUCGACUAUUAUUACAAACUGGCAGGUACUCGUCAGGAGCGUCAACGCGAUUGUCGCCUUAUGCCGUUGGUAGUAGAGCUGAUAUCUCUAUGGUCCCGCUUCAUAGAGGAUGAGGCAAGAAGAACAUUACGCGAACAUCUCAUACAAAGAAUUCAAAUUGAUGCAGAUUGUCGGCCGGCAUGUGUGUCGCUCGCUGCGAAUUUAGAUCCUACAGAUAUGCAUUGGGCUACGGACUUAAUGAAAGCGUCUGAGCGCCGAGCGUUAAGUGGAGGACCGAUUGAUGAUUGGAUUUGCGCGGCUGACCUUUCUUUGGUAGCGCCUGAACCGCCUUCCUUCGCUCUCAUUAACCUUUAUGUUGCUGCCUUACAGGCACCACCGCCUGAGUGGAGUGAGUCAGAACGCGGCGCGUGCGUAGCGGGCAUCGGACGUAUCUGCGUACGUUCGCGCGACGCGUCCGUAGUAGCGGCCCCACAGCUCGCCAUUUUACUACAAGACCCCGCUGCCCCGCUUUGCGCCCGCCUUAACUCUUUGCUGGCGCUUACUGACGUUUGUACAAGGUAUACGUGUAUAGUGGAGCCGCUGUUGAAAUCAAUGUGCGGAUGUCUUAGCUGCGACGCGCCCGCAGAGUUGCGUCGCGCUGCCGCCCGAGUGCUCACACGUCUGCUCUUAGGAGGUUACUUGAGGUUACGGACGCCUCUUUAUUACCGCUUUUGUGCGUUGUUGGCGGACGAAGAUCUGGAAGUCCGUGAGCCAGCAGAGUACUAUGUGACGAGUUGUCUCACUGUUGACGUCAUUUAUCAUCACUUUGUCGACUGCGUGCUGCAUUAUAACAACGAAAACGAAGACAGGAUGUCCUUCGAUUCCCGUCAACUUAUAUACGACGUAAUGCUCCAACGAAUGUCAGUGGUACAACGAUUGAAUAUUCAAUGUCGAUUAGCGAGAGAGAUUCUGACGCAUGCAGCUGAUGAAAUAGAAGAGAUACGUGAUGAUGAAGAGCUUCCGGCGCCACUUAAUGCUGCCCUGUUGGAUACGAUAACGUUACUCUGUGGACCUCGGAUGAAACUGCCCAAAAAACCGGAAAAGUCUGGUGAAGCUGAUAUUGAAGAUCUUCAGGAGAGAGUGACCACUAACAUUGUGUCUCAUAAAAUGAAGCGUACAGUGGCAGAGGUGCUAGUACCAGCAGUACUACGAUUGUACGCUCGUCUACGAACCCGCGGUGGACAAUUAGCUACGUAUAUAGUUAAGAUUGCCACAGACCUACAUAACGAUUACCGCCAAGAGAUUGAAGAGCUGAUAGAAGACGACGAAGAAUUAGUAGAACGCGUGCGUCACUUCCAAGACGCGAUCGGUUUGGAGUCGUCAUCGGGCAACACACGUAACCUCGUGACGUCGUCCGCCCCACCCGAUCCCGAAACGCCCCGUUCCCAAAAGAAGAGACCACGCCCUUACUCCCAUACGCCCCGGAAACGGAAACUCAAGAUAUAA